AUGCUCCUUCAGCAACUAUCGCGCGACCCCGCGCAGCGGGAGGAGCAGCUCGGCGUUUUGCUCCAAGACAGACCCGCAGGCUCCACCCUUCCCGCCUGGCUCCUUGCACAUACCAACCCCGCGGCCGCGCUCGCCGCUGGCGCUCUCCGCGCGAGACCAGAGGCAGACUGCGCAUAUCCACAUGCGCCACACCCCAGUGACAAUCACGACGCGCAGGUGCUGUUCCGACCGACCGCCAUCCGCGCUCCUCGCAACAGCGGCGCGGACGAGGCUCGGUCUGACGAGCCUGCGCUUCGAGGGGAUGUUCCCGCGCUCGCGAAGAAGAGGAGGUUCGCGCAAGUGGCGGCGGAGGACGAGGAGGUGAAUAGCAGCCAUCGCAAGUCACCGCUAAGCUCACCACCUCGGCCACCCUCGAAACGACCUGCGCUCACCGAAGCCGCAGCUCCCGUCGCGUCGAGAAUUCCGCCAAACGAGGAAGCCUUGGGGACUCGUGGAGCUCCGUCGAGCGCGCUACAGCCUGAUCCUACACUCAGCCUGGCGGAGCGACUCUCCCGCUACGACCAGCUGACGUCGUCCCUCCGCUCCUCCCUCCCGCACGGCAACCUGAGCAAGUGGGACGUGGCGGUGGGGCGGCUGCGGGAGCGCGUGGCGCAAAAGCCGGAGUUUGGAAGCAACGUGAACCAGUUUCUCGUGUUCCUCCACAGCCAGCUGCGCGGAUCGCAACAGCCCUCCGCGCGCACCGCCCUGCACCAGUUCGCCGCGCUCAUGCGCGCCAGGUGCCAACAGAAGCAGCUGCGGUCGGAAGGGGGUAACCAGAGCGUGGUGGGGGACAGCGGGAACCCUGAGGGUAUGGGUGAUUUGAGGUUGGCGCAGGUAGGAGGCGCGGGUAGCAGAAGUAGCUUGGAUGGUGCCGCGGAGGGGUUGGGUGCAGUGGAAUGCGAUACAGGAAGUGUGGCAGAGAGGAAAGUGGAACUUCAGUGGUUGCUCCGAUAG